GACACUAAGUGGGGUGUGUUUGUAAUUCAAAUUAUUGGCUUCCUGCCCACCUCCUCCUAAAUAAGAAGGCAGGGGCUGCUGCUGAGACGGGGAAAGGGCAAGGAUGGUGGAGGCUUUCUGUGCUACUUGGAAGCUGACGGACAGUCAGAACUUUGAUGAGUACAUGAAGGCUCUCGGUGUGGGCUUCGCCACUCGGCAGGUGGGAAAUGUGACCAAACCCACAGUGAUUAUCAGUCAGGAAGGAGACAAAGUGGUGAUCAGAACUCAAAGCACAUUCAAGAACACAGAGAUAAGUUUCCAUCUGGGAGAAGAGUUUGAUGAAACCACUGUGGAUGACAGAAAUUGUAAGUCUGUUGUUAGCCUGGAUGGAGACAAACUUGUUCAUGUACAGAAAUGGGAUGGCAAAGAGACAAAGUUUGUAAGAGAAAUAAAGGAUGGCAAAAUGGUUAUGACCCUUUCUUUUGGUGACGUGGUAGCUGUUCGCCACUAUGAGAAGGCCUAGAGAUGUUCCUGGUCUGGGGCCAGAGAAGCUCUUCAGCUUUUCUGUUUACUCAAGUCUCAGUGCUGUCCUGCUGUUACAGCACCCAUCACUAAUUAGAAGGUUAUCUUUGGUGUGGAAGUGGAAAAUGGCGAUUUAAAGCUUGUUACUCCAAGCAACUAGUCCAAUUUUGACCUUCAAAUUGAAUGCAUUUUAUAAUUCACAUUACAAUUUUAAGUCACCUUUUUAAAUGCAAAGAGUAAAUACAUUUGAUAAUUUCUUUGGAAUGCAAAGUGGAUUGGAAUAAAAAU